CCGCAGAAACUUUCACUUUCACUUUACUCGGCUGCGCGCUGUGCCGCACUGACCCGGACUGCGAGGCGCUGAGGGUCUGAGAGGAAACACCGGCCUGCGGGUACCAGUCAUCCGACAGCACUUGUGUAACACACGGCCAUGAUGGAGAAGAACGAGAAUGGUGCAUCACAACGAACCUCCUGACCCUUCUGCCUCACCACAAGACGUCGUGUCAGUUGCUGUGUCCACCAACGCUCCAGCUCCUCAGAGUCAUCUGGAUCCUCAGACUCACUUCCGACCCUUCCGGGACGUGGAUGAGCGCGCCCUCAUAGCCAACGCGACACGUUUCCUGGGGAACAGUGGAUUUUACUGGGGUCCUCUGGAUGUAGCAGAAGCCCACGCUCGAUUGGCGUCUCUUCCCAUUGGCACCUUCCUAAUCCGGGACAGUGUGCAAACGGAUGUCUUCUUCACCUUGAGCUAUCGUUCUGUCGAUGGACCCACCAGCGUCCGGGUCCUCCUUAGAGGCAGUGGCUUCGCCCUGGAUGGCAGCAAACACAUUUUCCCUUGCCUGUUCGAACUGUUACGAUUUUACAUGACGUCACCCAAGAAGAGUCUGAAGCAGCCGUACCGGGGUUCAGCACCACAGAAGCUUCAGGAACUCUGCAGGAGAGCUGUGGUGAAAACCUAUGGCAAGGAAAACCUUGAAAAACUGCCUGUAAGCACUGUGCUGAAAGAUUUUCUUCACUUAUAUCCUUUUAGCAUUUGAAAAGAAUGUAAAAAGCGCCUAUAUUUAUUUACACUAGGUUUUAAUACUUUUUUAUAGACAACAUCGUUCAUCUUGUUCAUUAGGUUUGUGUGUCAGUGUUGGUACCGUGACCUUUAAAUGCACUACGUCAGAAUUUGUCCUGAUAUUAUUAUUAUUAUUAUUAUUAUUAUUAUUAUUAUUAUUGUUUACCUGCCUGCAGUGUUUGUUUGUUUUUGAUACCUUUUAAGCAGCAUAGGAAGUAACAUGUGUUAAUUAUUUCAUUAAUAAUGUAACACUGUAAGGCAUUAUGUCCUGUAAAAAAUCAUUUCAUAUCGCAUACUGAACAUGCUGAUGUAGAGAAAUAAAUGACUGUAGAUUAUU